UGUCUUCCACGAUUUGCUGUAUCGGAAAACCUUAUUUACAAUCUGAAAGCGUAACUUUCAAAUUUAGCGAUAUGCCCCCGCGAAAUCUGGACGUAACACGAUCACAAUCGUCCAUGAAUAUCGAAAACCUAACAUCAAUUCCCGUUGGAGGAAGCAUUACUCUGAUAAACUACUCCCAUACGCAACUACCGACUGAAUGCAACACGAGCUCAGCGAAAGAUCGCGGUUGGGCUUGGGUUGUGUGCGGCGGAUCUUUUUUCGUCAUGUUCAUGGUUUAUGGAAUUCAUACGUCGUUUGGUGUUCUUCUCGUGGUAUUACUUGAUCAUUUCAAUGCAAACAAAGCAAGCACCGCUUGGAUUGGUUCAAUAUCUGUCAAUCUUCUCUUCCUCUUUAGCCCCGUCACCAGUUCUCUUGCGGGGCGUUAUGGUGUCCGUAUUGUCACGAUCGCUGGAGGACUUGUUAUGAGUGUUGGACUUUUUCUCAGCUCAUACGCGCCUAGUCUUUUAUUUCUGUACAUCAGCUACGGUUUACUGCUGGGGAUAGGAACGAGUCUUUGUGCGACAAUGGCACUAAUUGUGUCAGCGGACUACUUCGACAAACAUCUUUCUUUAGCCACCGGUAUUGUCGCAUCGGGAAGCAGUUUUGGAACUGUAGUUUUCCCACCUACUCUGCAACUCAUUGUACAACGAUACGGAUGGGAAUCUUCUUUUCGUAUAAUGGGUUUAGGGGGGAUAAUGAUGGCCAUUACAGGACUGGUUUAUAGGUCCGUGAACAGGCAAAAUCAUGUUCCUCUCGGCGCUGAAAGAAAUCAGUGCUUUGAUAUGUCGGUGUUAAAUAAUCGCGGCUUUGUGCUGUGGACGGUUGCUACUACCAUAGCAGGAUUUGGUUAUUUUAUACCGCAUUUUUUUCUAGUGCGACAUUCUGAAGACCUGGGAAUACCGCUGUCUCAAGGCAGCUGGCUCAUUUCCUAUCUCGGAAUCUCCUCGGCUCUCGGUCGGUUGCUCUUUGGGCGAAUCUCGGAUGCGUGUUCUUUUAAAAACAUUCAUAUAUACCGUUUAUGCAUGUUCUUAUCUGGGUUAGCCUCGGUAUUAUGUCCCUUAGCAAGCUCCUACUGGGCCCUUGUCGUGUAUGUUGUGGUGCUGGGAAUUCUGGAUGGUUCCUAUAUCGGACUCAUGUCUAUCGUGACCCUGGACAUUGUGGGAGUGCACAAAAUUGCCCCUGCCUGGGGAAUCUUGUUUUUCUGCCAGUCUUUCACUUAUUUACUAGGCCCUCCAACAGCAGGUUUCAUGUACGACCAUCUAAAAACGUUUAAACCUGUUUUUUAUUUGGCCGCUGGACCCAUGAUUUUUGGCGCAUUUCUAUUGUUCUUCGCCACACUGUGUAAGUCAAAUCAGACUUCUCUCGGCCGGCAGGACGUCACUAGCCUGGUGUCUUCUCCUAAACACUGCAAUGGACUGCACUCAAGUUAUCGACGCUGUUCUUGUCCUCCAAAAAUCUUGUUGACUGCACCAGGAGACAGAGAAUCUUUGAUAGUUGUGGAGCGGUUAACGGUCAUUUGAUGUUCAGAACUAAGAAUAUCGGUCUUAAUUAACCCUUUGACUCCUAGGAUCUAAUUGUUAAUUCUCCCCUCUAGCUGCUAUAAAAUUCAUUGUAAAUUAGUUACGAGAACUUGAUGUUAGAUCAAGAUAGCAACUUCUACCUGAUAACUUUGAGUAUCCUAAAUAAUGUAUGGAUAUUAUGGGAAGAAAUUGUAUGUUAAUCUGACUUCUGGGAGUUAAAGGGUUAAAGCGACGAUCUACGUAAAGGGUUUGGUGUAAUGGA